GCCCCGGUGAUAAGAUAAUCCCCCACGCUCUUCCCAUAGUGGUCAUUCGUUGUCAUCAUAAGGGCGUGGCUGUUCCGGUGGAGAUACCAUUUCUGAUACACUCACUAGUACUUGAACCUUUUUACCUUUUUGCGUCGAAAGGGAAAGUCACAACUUAGAUAGAUUCUGCGUACCUUUUCUGAUCUCUGUUCUCCGAGCGCAAUAUCAUAAAGUCGCUUGUGGGUGGAACUACCAGCUGAGGAAAACGACGGGCAAGAGCAAGAGCAAGCUCGGACUGAAGGUACUGCAACGACGAGAAAGAUACCUGCAUAAACGAUUCCGCAGGGAGCUGUCAUCGCGUUGCCCACGACCUCGACAUUUAUUUUCAUGCUCUGCACGCCGCGAAGGAUCUGGAGACUGCCACUGCCACCACUCGCACAAGUGCACAAACGACCUAUCAGUUCGCUGACCACAGUGAGAGCUUCGAGACCAAGCAGCCAGACCAGAAUCAGCACACCGAAGCUACAAGCCUCAGUUUCCCGCCGUGCAUCAACGAGAAGGUCCGUACCAUUUUCCUCUCCUCCACAACAACGAGAGCAACGCAGCCGGACGAUUUCCCUUGACACGAACACGGCCAUCAUGUCGCCAUUCCAGUCUCCACCCCCCCUGCCCCAGGGCAAGGACAAACACCACAUUGUCGUCCUCGAAGGCAUCCACGCCGCCAUGCCGCCCUUUUCUUUCCCACACACCAUUACGGUCCACCAACGCACCGCGCCCGAACAAGUGGCCGAACGCAUCCGCGACGCCACCAUCGUAAUCGCAUGCGUCGUGCCCGUCACGCCCGCGGACAUGGACGCCGCACCACACCUAGGCUGUCUAUCCGUCAUGGCCGUCGGCAUCCACUGGGUGGACAAACGCGACUGUGCCGCUCGGAACGUGACCGUGACGAAAUGCCCAGCGGGCAACGUCGACGCCGUGUCCGAGCACUUUCUGGGCCUGUACUUUGCCAGUCGGAAGCGCAUCGUGCAGGUGCACGAGAGAGUCACGCAGUCCAAAGAGUGGCGUGAAAAGGGCACGCUGACGACACUAUGGCCAACCGGACCGCCGAUGGGAUGUCGGCAGGAGGUACUCGCCAUCAUGGGCUACGGGACACUGGGUAAGCGUAUCGCACAACUUGCUAGAGCCGUCGGAUUCGGCGAGGUUCUAGUCAGUGAGCGCAAGAACGCGACGGCCGUGAGAGAGGGGAGGGUGAGUUUCGACGAGGCCUUGAAGAGGGCGAGCGUCAUCGGCCUAUGUCUGCCCAAGGAAGAUGAUACGGUCGACCUUAUUAGCGAGAAGGAGCUGAAGAUGAUGAGGCCCGACGCGCUGGUCAUCAAUGUCGCGAGAGGCGGGAUCGUGAACGAAGCGGCCCUCGCGAGGGCUCUGCGGGAAGGCUGGAUCGCUGGUGCAGCCACGGAUGUGCUUGAAAUCGAGCCCGCGGGCGUGGGAUCGGGGCCCUUGACACCGGAUCCUGCCGAAGGAGAACAGCCAGUGCCGAAUUUGACCAUCUCUUCCCAUAUAGCCUGGUUCACCCAGACCACGAUCGAAACGUACCAGCGCCUCCUGAAAGAGGGUGUCGAAGGCUGGGUGAAUGGCACGCUCCAAGAGUCCGAGGAUACUGUGCACACGGUCGCUGUCGUGCAUAACGGGAAGAUCUGGAACUGAUUCCCUGUCCCAUCGCCAUCGCCAUCCCAUGCCAAAGUCCCAACGAGAGACAUGACAGACAGAUCCCAAGGAGGGGCCUCACCCGCGUUGCCAGAAAUUCGCUGAACGGGAAAAUCGCAAACGCAUGUCCCCCAAUGCGCGAAGCUCGGCAUACAUAGUACGCCUUCUGAAGCACACCCAGGCUGAAUGGUCGAAUGCCAGGCACGUGUCAGCAUGAUGUACCUCGUCGCAUUGUCGCCCGGUGUCGAUAGAAUCACAAUGACAAGUCUCCAUCGGCACCAUGGCUGCAAGCUUGCUACUGCUUCGACUUGCUGAGCAGAGUCGAGCAGAGGCUUGGGGCUGCACAAAAUGGACCAGACAACGGCAAGGUCACACCAGGAGUGGGGAUGUGGGAGGGAGACUUGCUCAAACACAUAGAAGAUGAUGUCCUGAACGCUGCACAUCGAAUCUUGGGAAUGGCCUUGAAAAGAACAUCUUAUGAUAAUGGUGGAUUUAAAGCACAGACCUAUGGUCUCAAGAAGAUAGACGGUCAACACAAACACAUAGAGGACUCAGAGCGCCAGCUAGAAAGAUAGACAGACGAGUAAGGACGUCGUUCAAGAAUGCCGUUUCGAUGUGA